AUGUCAUCCUUUUUCUCUUCCGCUGCUUUCCCGUUUGCACUGGGUGCCUCAGGCUCCGACAUUCACAAUGACGCUGCAGAGUUCCUGGAUAUCUAUGUCCCUCAGAAAUGCUCUGCAGGCAACAGGAUCAUCAGGGCCAAGGACCACACAACCAUCCACAUGAAGGUGGCUGAGGUUGACAAGGUUACAGGCAGAUUCAAUGGCCAGUUUAAAACUUAUGAAAUUUGUGGAGCAAUUUGUAGAAUGGGCGAAUCUGAUGACUCUAUUCUCCUACUGGCAAAAAAUGAUGGUAUUGUUUCAAAGAAUUUCUAA